CUCCUUCAUAUCUGGCUGGAUUGUGAAUUUCGUCGUGGAGUAUUUUGAAAAAGGCGAGAAGAUGGAAAAAGUGGUUGAUCUCUUCGGAGUUGGAUAUGCUAAUUCCCAGAAGCUAUACGAAGGAGGCAACGAUCUCAGCGACAUCGGACAGGGAGUGUUCAUAGGUUCAGUAGCUGAAGCGAAUAACAAGGAUUUGCUGAAAAGCUCCAAUGUCACUCAUAUCUUAACCGUAGCUGUUGCCUUGGCCCCUCCUUACCCUGAUGAUUUUGUCUAUAAAGUCAUUGAAGUCGUCGACAGAUCCGAGACCGAUUUGACAGUAUAUUUCGAUGAGUGUUUUAGCUUCAUGGACCAAGCUAUUCAAUCUGGAGGUGGUGUUUUGGUCCACUGCUUCAUGGGAAUCUCUAGGAGUGUGACUAUAGUGGUGGCUUAUCUGAUGAAAAAGCAUGGCAUGAGCUUCUCUAAAGCUAUGGAACUCGUAAGGAGUCGACGACCUCAAGCAUCGCCUAAUUGUGGUUUCAUUUCUCAGCUGCAGCAAUUUGAAAAAUCCAUCAAAGUACAAGUUGAAGAUUCAGCUGAUAAGAAGAUAGAGUCAUGAAUUCUCAAGAGAUUCCGAUCAAAUCUCAUGAGCCCCAUGAUGACCAAACAAAAAUAAAAACUUAUUGGUUUCGUGUUGUGAAGUAUUUUUCUUGUGAACGAUUGAUUGUGAGCUCAUUGCCAUGUCCAUUACCCAAUUGAAAUAAAUGAAAACGCAGAAAUUACAUUUC